UCGUAAACCUGCAUAUUUGAUAUAGGCGCGACCAUAAAUUGUUUCAGGAUUCACAAUCACACAGCUCCAUUAUCCAAUUCGGGUUCGGAAUGAUUAUGGGGCCAAAACCUUGUGUGGCUGGUUCCCAGCCACCAGUAUCCAGCCACCAAGUCAAAAGCUCUCUUCGUGAGGUCAUAAAGUAAACAAGCUUGAAAACCGGAGCAAUCAAGAUUUAGCUGGAGGCAGGGAAAUUUUUUAAAGGACGCAUUACCAGCGGAUUGUGUGUCCCGGCAACCUGUCGCUACCGAUCCUCUCUUGUGCAGCUAUUUGUUUUCUGCGUUGUGUUUUGUGCCUUCAGGACAACGACGCUGAAGAGGUUGGGAUAGGGACGUGAAGAGAAGGACCUUGAGCGGAUCCGGAGGUCACCAACAGUUGUCGAUCAAACCUCCAACCUUCUCGUGGAGACCGGACCGAAAAUGUAUACAUCACGACCCACAUCGACCACACCACCUCCAGUGGAGUUCCCCAGUCACGCCCGCCACCUCCGACACCCACAAUCUCGACCCCUCCCACCACUCCCUGAGCCAUGCUACGACGACGGAAACGAUGACGACGACCUCGAGGAAGAGAUAUUAGAAGAUCUCAUCCCCGCCCCGCUCUUCAGCAGCGGUAGAGCCCGCACCCCCAACAGAAUCCACGAAGCCAUUCUCGAGCUGGAGAGGUCGCAUCCACACAUCCAUACUCGCUCCAGGUCGUCGACAACCGCAUCGAUCCACUAUCCUUCUUCCUCCUCACGGCCAUCAUCCCGGCUCUCGGUACGAUCAACCACACCUUCCAUCUCAUCGCCUUCCCCUUCUCCGUCUCCGUCUCCAGCUCUCUGCUUCCGCUGCUCAACACCUACCGUUCCUGUACCACCGGCACCGCGAGGUCCUCGCCUCCAUCGCUCACAUUCGCACGCCACGGCGCCAACGCCAUCGUGCUGGGCAGCGCCAACGAGUCCAGCAUUGAACAGGGCGUCGACGCCCGAGCCUUCGGACCCGGGAGGUAGGCCGCUAUUGAGGAGGAUGUCGACGCCGAAAAGGUCGAGCUUGAGGUCCUUGUGGAAGAAGGAGUCGGAUGGUAGUUUGAGCGGGGGGUAUGAUGAGCGGACGAGAUGAGUGUUCUGUCUUCUGAUUUGAAGCAACUCGCUGUACGAAGUUUCGAAAAGGGAAUGGAGUGUUUGAUGAGAGAAUGCGACGCUGUAAUUGUUAGGACGGGAAUAUAGGGAAAACGUCCGUUUACGGAGGAGACGGCGAUUAUGAUGUAUCCUUGUAAUGAGCAACAACUUAAGAGGCGUUGACUAUGUACCUUCUAAUGACAGAUCC